UUAAUUUAUAGCUACCCAGAACAGCUGUUUGCGGAUGCAGGUGUGAUGGUCAUUGAACAUGCUGACUUUGAGGAAAUUGAGAGGCUAGCAUUAGUUACAGGUGGUGAGAUUGCGUCCACGUUUGACUCUCCCGACCACGUUAGACUGGGCAAGUGUAAACCGAUAGAGGAAAUGAUGAUAGGAAAGGACAAGUUGAUCAAGUUCUCAUGUGUGGAGAUGGGUGAGGCCUGUACCAUUGUUCUACGAGGUGCCACUAAACAGAUCCUUGAUGAGGCUGAGCGGUCUCUACAUGACGCCCUUUGUGUUCUAACGCAGACUGUCAAGGAAACCAAAACAGUGUUUGGAGGAGGCAGUUCAGAAAUGUUAAUGGCAGAUGCCGUCUCUAAGUUAGCUGCUAAGACCCCUGGGAAGGAAGCCGUUCCCAUGGAAUCUUUUGCCAAGGCAACAAGAAUGCUUCCUACCACGAUAGCAGACAAUGCAGGAUAUGACAGUGCUCAGCUGCUCAUCUCAGAACUGAGGGCAAUUCACACAGCAGGAAAACACACCAUGGGACUAAAUAUGGUAGAGGGUGAGGUGGGUGACAUGGAGAAGUUAGGAAUCACAGAAUCCUUCCCGGUCAAGCGCCAAGUCUUAAUGAACGCGUCCGAGGCCGCCGAAAUGAUCCUACGUGUUGACGAUAUCAUCAAAUCAGCACCCAGACCUAGACAACCUGAUCACAGGCAUCACUGAGAUCGUAGUCAUUAGUGACAUUUUGAUAAAUUCCUGACUGAACAAAUAACUGUCAUAAAUGUUUAAUCAAGUAAAUCAAAUUUGUGAACCAUGUAUGAAUUGUAAUAAAUUUCUAGUAUUUAA